AUGAAAAUGUUUCUAUUCAUCUGUUUUAUUCUUUUGUGUUCUACUAUUCCAUCUGCUUAUUCUUCCACUUGUGAUGUCAAGAAUGAGGAGACUACGAUGAAUUGGCAUGUGGAGAAUAACCAAUUGGAGAUUCACUUUGAGCAUAAUAAUCUGACAGAGAAUCGAUGGACUUCGAUUGCAUUUGGGAAUGGACCUGGAAUGAACGGUCUAGAAUCCAUUAUCUUCUCAAGAGGCAAUGAUAAUUCUAUCACCACCAACACUGGAUUCACUCCAAAGAAGAAGAAAGUUGAAGUGGAUGACGUGUCAUAUGUGACUGUGAAGAAUGUGGAACUCAACGGAGACAAACUGAAAGUUACAGUAACCCGACCAUUGGGACCAGCUGGACCGAGAAAUUUCUCAUUGGAUCAGUGUGUCAAUUGGAUUAUUGUUCCGGGAGGAAGCGUUAAAGAUGGGAAAUUUAAGAAGCAUCAUGGUCGGAUUUACUUCAUCAAGAACGUGUGUGCCGCCCAAUGCACCAGAGAGAAGAAGUUGAGAGUUAUGUCGAAUCGAAUCCAGUGA